CAAAAGAAGAAGCAUAUGCACUUGUAAACAGAAGAAACAUACAAAAAUUAAGCCGCCAUUGGGUCAUCCUUCCAUCGCUGGUUGAAGAGAAAAAUGAUAGCCCUCAAAGCCAUUCAAGCCUGCUUUAGCACCAGUAGUAAGCAUGCCUUUUUCCAAACAACAAGAAUUGCAUACACAAAAAACUCCACACUGUGUUUCAGCAAGCCGAAUGAUUCCCAGUCUAAUUCCGAUCCAGACUGGUCGUCGUCGCCGGAAGGAGACACUCGCAAGCAAGAGCUGCUUGCUCAAAUAGCAAUGUUGCAGGCUCAGAAAGUUCGCCUCACCGACUACUUGGACGAAAGAUCGGCUUAUCUAACGCAAUUUGCUGAAGAAGCCAACGCUGAGUUUGAUAAAGUUGGAGAAGAUGCUCUUAAAGGUCUUGAAGAAGCUGGUGAAAGGAUAAUGGAGAACAUUGAAAGCCAAAUGCAAGCCUUCGAAGAAUCCCAAGAAUUGAACAGGCAGGAGAUUGAGAUGAAUGAAGAUCAGUUAGCUGAGUUUGAAGGUCAAAUAGAGAAAGAAAGGAAUGAAGGGUUGUUCUUUAAGAACCUGAAAGAUAAAAAGCCUACUAUAGACAAGGAAAAAGCAAAGGAGGAAGCUGAGAAGAUUAAGGAGAUUACUAAAGAAAAAGCUGGGUCAAAAUCAAGGAGGAAUCUUUACCUUGCUCUAAUUGCGCUGCUUGCCCUUGGAAUUGCAGACUCUUUCAUCUCUGCAUCAGAUUGGCGAAAAGUAGCGGUUCUUGGAGCUAUAUUAGUUGCUUUAUUUUCCCAGUUCAUCUAUGAACAGACAUUGUUAUCAGAAGCAGAAAAAACAGAUAAGAAAGAUGAAAACAAAUAAAGGCUCUUAUCGUUAUCCAUAAUUUUUCAGGUUAAAUGUAGCAUGAUCCAAUAGACCCAAGUAAUAACUUAAUACUUGGGCUUGAUACAUCAAGCGAUGUUUCUUUUGCAUCAUCAA